AUGGCAUUACCUGGCACAUUAUUCGUACAACCUACGGUAAUUCCUGGAUAUACAAUGACGAAGAUCUUAGAAGAGACGCGCUUUUAUCAACGAUGUAUUGUUAUCGGAAUGGAUGGCGCUUCAUACCAUUGUUAUAAUUUUAACACAGCAGCCGUGAAGAAAGCAAACAAAUGGAACGAGCUAAUCCAAGAGAUAGAAAUAAUAAGGCAAUUAAGCCAUCCAAAUAUCGUCAGAGUAAUAGAUUUCCUUAACGAUGACAUUCGAAUGUAUUUGAUCACUGAAUUCUUUAGUUUUAUGUCCUUGGAAGGAUUUCUCUCAUACAAUGUUCCGAACGAACAUCAGUGCCAUAUCAUAAUUUCCGGAAUAAUAAAUGGAUUAUUAGAAUUACAUUCGCACCAGAUUCAUCACGGAGACUUAACUCCUGCAAAUAUCUUUCUUGGAAACAAAAUGUCACCGAAAAUUUGCAAUUUUGCUUUCUUAUCCCAAUAUUACCAAAAACCAGAGAAACAUUUCUCAAAUUAUAAUAUAAACUUUAUCUCACCAGAACGUAUACAAUUAGAUCUAUCGCAUCCGCUCCAGGGAGAUAUCUGGAGUUUUGGCGUAAUUAUUUAUCUUUUAUACGUCAAAGAUAUGCCUUUUACUCAAAUUAAUGAAAUCAAACUCAUCGCAUCCAUGAUAUCUUGUCAAUACAACCCACCAUCCAUUACAAAUGAUAUAAUUAAAAGAUUAAUCGGAGCAAUUUUGGUUCCUAUCCCGGAAGAUCGUCCGACCAUAGAACAGAUAAAAGAUUUAUAUUUCUCGAAUGUAUCUGUUCACUUACUUGCCCAUAGAAGAGGCGUUCGUGCUUCAUCUUCUCAAGUUUUGCCAGUAUUCAGAUCCCUGAAAGCCAUCGAAGACUUAGCAAAAACAGGCAAAGUACCGUUUAGAAGAAACACAUCUAACGAUGACCACAUAGCCGAACCUCCUCUUAAGAGACCAAAUAUUCUCAAACCAGUUAAGAGUUUUGUUGGGUUUUUGCCGAAGUAA